AUUCUGAUUCACAUUCUUUUUUUUUCAGAGAGAACAGGAUACUCCACAAAAGGGAAGUGGUUUGCCUACAAUCACUCAGGAUUUUUGGUUUUGUUCGUAUUUUUUAUGGGGGUUUUCUGUGGUGUGCUUGGUUGAUUGUUGUUCUUUGGGUUUUGUUUUGUUUUGUUUUAAGCUCUAAGCCCAAAUGUAGGGCUUGAACUCAAGACCUGGAGAUCAAGAAUCACAUGCUUUACCAACUGAGCCAGCCAGGCACCCCUCAUUCAGAUACUUAGUAACUUUUCUCAGAUCAUUUUAUUCUCCUUCCACUUCAUCAUGCCAAAAUUAAUGGUUAGGUUGUCACUACGAUGAAAAAUACAUACUUGUUUUCUACUAGUACUCUACCUUUUUUCUCUCUGUGUUUCAUGUAAAAGACUUGGGGCACCUGUCCGUAAGAACGUCCAGCUCUACAUCCACCCACCACACUGCCUUUCUGCUGACUGGAGUCCCAGGAUUAGAAGACUUCCAAAUCUGGAUCUCCAUCCCCUUCAGCUUCAUGUACCUCUUGGCUGUGGUAGGCAAUGGCCUGGUUAUGGCAGUGGUGGCCUGGGACAGGAACCUCCAUGAACCCAUGUAUCUCUUCCUGGCCAUGCUGGCCCUCAACGAUGUUCUCCUUUGUACUGUCACAGUGCCCAAAAUGCUUCUUAUCUUCUGGCAGGGACCUUCCCUAUCAACGUUUCCUGCAUGUCUCACACAGAUGUUUUUUGUUCAUGCUCUGUUCCUCUCUGAGUCUGCUGUUCUCUUGGCCAUGGCUUUUGAUCGGUACGUGGCUAUCUGUGUACCACUCCGUUAUGCAACCCUACUUAUGGGCUCUUUCAUCAGCAAGGUAGGUGUGGCUCUGGUGGCUCGGAGUGUGGCUGUGGUCACCCCUGGCGUCCUCCUCACUCUCCGGCUGCAUUUCUGUCGGAGCAACAUCAUCCACCAUACCUACUGCGAGAACAUGGGCAUUGCCAAGUUGGCCUGUGACAGCUAUGCCCUUAAUAGCAUUUAUGGGCUCACUGCUGCUCUUCUCACCACAGGGCUGGACUUUGUCCUCAUCACCCUGUCAUACUGGCUAAUACUGAGAACAGUCUUUCAACUACCUUCCAAGGAAGCCCGGACAAAGGCGUCUGGAACAUGUGGAGCUCAUAUAUGUGUCAUCUUGAUAUUUUAUACUCUGGCCUUCUUUUCUUUCUUCACCCAUCGCUUUGGAAAUCAUGUGCCCAGGCAUGUCCUUAUCCUCCUGGCAAACCUCUACUUACUGGUGCCACCUACCAUGAACCCCAUUGUUUAUGGGGUAAAGACGAAGGAGAUAAGGAUGCGUGUCCUAGGGCUCUGUAGCCAACCAAAAUGA